UGUACUGAGAGGGUCUCCUUCUCUCUCUGUUGUUUUCUUCCAACUCCAAACCGCUCACCAGUCCCCACCUUUCCACAGAUUUCAUCACUUUCACCGCCACGACAUCUUCCUCUUUGACUCUUGAAUUUGACCAUCGAUCCGUUUCAUCCUAUCUUACAAAUCGUUGUGUUGAACUUGAAUGUGUAAUGUGUUCGUUGUGGCGGAUGAUUUGGGACUAUGAGUGUUUUGAAUCGGAGCGUUUCAAUCACCACAACGCCGUCGUUCAAUCGAAGGUCUCUCGGUGUUGCGAGUCCUAAAGCUAACCGAUGCAGACGGCUCGGGCUCUCCCGGUGGUUUCACUUUCACGCGCUUGUGAUUAUAGGGUCUCUAAUUUCAUUCUUUGUUGCCGUUGGUGGAGGAUAUGUGUACUUACUUCCUCACCUUAGUCACACCAUCUUUCAAGGCCAGCGUGUCUCUAACUUUAACGGAUCGUUAAAAAGCUGUGAUGUUUAUAAGGGAAGGUGGGUCCGGGUGCCGCCUUACCCAUUGUACAAUGCGUCAGAGUGUCCUUUUGUAGAACAAGGAUUCAAUUGCUUUGCUAAUGGACGGAGAGACAUGAGUUAUCUUAAUUGGAGGUGGAAACCCAGUGAUUGCGAUCUUCCGAGGUUUGAUGUAAGUAAUGUUUUGGAAAUGUUUCGAGGCAAGAGAAUUGUUUUUGUUGGCGAUUCUAUGAGUAGGACUCAAUGGGAAUCACUGAUAUGUAUGCUGAUGGCUGGGGUGAAGGAUAAACGGAGUGUCUAUGAAGUAAACCAAAAUGAGAUAUCGAAGAGAAUUAGAUUCUUAGGUGUUCGGUUCAGUGCCUUCAAUUUCACCAUUGAAUACUUUCGAUCGGUUUUCCUGGUGCAACCGGGUCCGGUACCUAAGCAUGCGCCAAAGAGGGUUAAAUCAACACUUAGAUUGGACAGAUUAGAUGAUAUAAGUGACCGAUGGGCUGAUUCUGAUGUUCUUAUAUUCAACACUGGGCACUGGUGGGUGCCGUCUAAACUUUUUGACGCGGGUUGCUAUUUCCAAGUUGGAAGGUCAUUGAAAAUUGGGAUGUCAAUUCCUAUUGCCUUCAGAACGGCACUUGGCACUUGGGCAUCAUGGAUAGAGAGAAAGAUCAACAAAAAUAGAACACGUGUCUUCUUUAGGACGUAUGAGCCAUCUCAUUGGAGUGAUCAACCCCGCUUCACUUGUACUGUAACCCAGUACCCCAUGCCAGAAACUGAUGGAAGGGACCAAAGUUUGUUUUCAGACUUAGUUUUGGAAGUGGUAAAAAAUGUCCCAGUUCCCAUCAAUGUUCUCCAUGUCACAUCAUUGACAGCUUUUCGAAGUGAUGCCCAUGUUGGUAACUGGAGUGAUAAUCCAUCUGUCCAAGAUUGUAGCCACUGGUGUCUGCCUGGAGUGCCUGAUACGUGGAACGAAAUUAUCCUUUCGCAACUAUUAACUGAUUAUGAAUCUCCAUCCCGGCAAAUGGAAUCACAGAGUUGACCAUAUUUCUGGCUGCAAAUUAGAGUUUGGCUUUCUUUGCAUUGUAUUUUGACCAGCAUACUCUUCAGAGUUCAGAUUCUAUGGUGAACCAGAGCUCACUCACAACCUGACAUUGUCACCCUGGGCUGCUGCUGCUCAUUCAGCGAUAGCUACUAACCUAAAACUGUUUUUCACGAGUCUUAAGUGCUGCUUUAGAUUUUACCUGCUUUUCCAAAAGCAAGGGACAGAAUAUACAUUUCAGUUCUACCAGAGUCACCGAAACUUAAGGUAGCAGAGAGCGAGGUAUACAUUUUUUUCCCUUUCUAUUCUUUGUCCAAUUCUUUGCAUCUAUCUCAUAAUCAUGGUUUACAUCUAAACCUGCAAGAACUUGAGGUUAGAUCAUUAGGUGAAACUAGGGUACUGGUGAGGAGGAGAAUGUCUGCUAUCAAUUUCAUCUUGGUCGGGUACAUAUCCAUCUCCAUUGAUCUUCUUUCGAAGUGUGAUGUGAGCCAGUGAGCUGCUUCACAUCUUGUACAGUUCAGAAGAUGUGUCAUAGUUGGCAAAUUAGGUUGUAACCAAGCGUAAAUGAACAAAUCCUGUCAGCACCGUUCAAUGUUAUGCCCUUGGAUGAUGGGGAGCCUGAUAGACUACCAAAGAAGAAUGUUCCGGAGGUCGUGAAGCUUGUUGCUUUUUGUAUGGGGAGCCCUGUGGAUUGAGGCUGUGUUGAGAAGAAAGGGGGGGGGGGGGGAUUGAAGCUAACGCUUGUGCGGGUUUGCAACAUUAAGCGUUAGCUUUUCAAGUUCAGAUAAUAGAUUUACUUGUCUUGGAGAUUUAUUUAAAUUUGAAAGUAUAAGAUUUUUUUUAA